GCUUCCUGUGCACUGGGCUCUGGGUCCGGACGGAGUGCCACGUCGUUCAGCGCGGAGGGUCGGGGAGGGAAAGGAGCGGCCUUCCGGGGACGGAGAGCGGGGGACCCUUCCUCCUCCUCCUCGGCCGGCCUGAGCCAUGGGCUCCUCGCAGAGCGUGGAGAUCCCCGGAGGGGGCACCGAGGGCUACCACGUCCUCAGGGUACAAGAAAAUUCACCAGGACAUCGAGCUGGAUUGGAGCCAUUCUUUGAUUUUAUUGUAUCCAUUAAUGGUUCAAGACUGAAUAAAGACAAUGACACACUCAAGGACUUGUUAAAAGCAAAUGUGGAAAAGCCUGUCAAGAUGCUAGUGUACAGCAGUAAAACGUUGGAGCUUCGCGAGACAUCAGUAACUCCAAGCAAUAUGUGGGGUGGACAGGGCCUCCUGGGAGUCAGCAUUCGUUUCUGCAGCUUUGAUGGAGCCAAUGAAAAUGUGUGGCAUGUGUUGGAAGUUGAAUCAAAUUCUCCUGCUGCACUUGCUGGUCUUAGACCUCACAGUGAUUAUAUUAUUGGGGCGGAUACUGUCAUGAAUGAGUCUGAAGAUUUAUUCUCCCUUAUCGAAACACAUGAAAGCAAACCAUUAAAACUUUAUGUAUAUAACACUGACACUGAUAAUUGUCGGGAAGUGGUUAUUACUCCAAACUCUGCAUGGGGUGGAGAAGGAAGCCUAGGUUGUGGCAUCGGGUAUGGAUACUUGCAUCGAAUACCUACACGUCCUUUUGAAGAGGGAAAGAAAAUUUCUCUUCCAGGACAGUUGUCUAGUACAUCUAUUAGUCCACUCAAAGAUGGCUUUACAGAAGUUCAGCUGUCUUCGGUUAAUCCCCCAUCUUCAUUACCACCCGGAACUACAGGAACGGAACAGGCCUUGGCUGGGCUUUCUAUUAGCUCAACUCCUGCUGUCCCUAAUGUGCUCAAUACAGGUGUUCCUACUGUACCAUUAUUGCCUCCCCAAACAAAUCAGGCUGUUCCUCCAGUUAAUGCAGCAGUUACAUUGCCAGGACUGAUGCCUUUACCCACUGGACUUCCCAAUCUCAGUAACAUCCCAAAUCUAAAUUUACCUGCUCCAAGCUUAAUUCCUGGUUCUGGAUUAGCAGACAUUGGACACCCUGGUUUGCCUCCACUUCCUUCCUUGCCUCCAAUAAAUCUCUCUAGAAUUACACCUCUGACACCAGAAUUUCUUGCACAGUUUCCUUUGGCCACUGAGGUGACCACGCUGCCUACAAAUCUGUUGUCCUCUGCUCCCCCUGGCACUACAGUAAGUGUGGAACAAACCUCUACAUUCAUUCUGGAUAGUGCUGUUCCUCCGCCCACCACCACUUCAGCUCCCGGUGCACCUGCUACAAACGCAUCUGGUCCUGAAGACCGGGGAGAUGGAUCAGCCACAUCCUAUGAAAAACCAGCAUCCUUGGUCACAGAUACAGCUGCAUCUGAAUCAUCAUAACUUCAACUGAUUGAAUGAAUUGGGCUCAGUGUAUUUAUUCAGCUAUGGGAUAAAUAUGGGGAAAAAUGCAAAAUACAAUUAAAUCCAUGCUGGUUUGUAUUUUGUGGUUAGGAUUCCUGUAAAUAUACUGAGGGUGACAUAAGAGUCUGGAAUUUUUAUGGUGGGCUUGGUGUAGGGACAGUGAAGAGUGAGGAAGUGCUUAUAUUUAAAAACAAAAUAUCAAGGUAGAAUAAGCAGAUUUUCAACUGCCAAAAUGAGGUAUUUUUUUAAAUCUAGUCAGAUUUCAGUAGGCCUUCUUGAUUACUUUUUUCCCCUCAAGUUUUGCUCCUGUUAGAAAUCAAGAAGCAGUUCAUGCUUGUGACACUCAAAAACCAUCUUUCAUGUACUUUACAGAAAUUAGAAUGUUGGUAAUACAUUGUGAGGGGGUAAAAGUAUUUACUUUUAUCUAAGUUGUACAUUUUAGCACUAUGAAGACCUUCAAACUAAAGAUGUUUUAUUAAAAAUUUCAGUGUGUGACUUGUCAAUUUUAUAUCAUUUUAAAAUCUGCCUGCAAACCGAUCUUUUUGUUAAGUUUCUACCUGGCCUUACCUCAGUUCUGCUAAAUUUAUUUUAUAAGCCACCGUGUUGGACAUAUUUUGAAGAAAUGGAAAAGAAACAAACCUGUUAUAUGUUGGCUGUGCUACGAGAAGGUGAAAUUGCUAGUUAUCUUUUGUAUGAUGAGUUGUGUAGAGAGAGUUUACAUAUAGGCAAUAAAUUCUGAUAAUUUUUUCUUGUACCAUAAAAUGAACACUUUAUUAAAUGUAGACAUAGGAAAA